GAAAAACAGAAGAAACCCAGUAAGAACAUCAUCCAGGCCAAAUCCCUGGAAGAAACUUCAGCAGCUAGACGAUAUAAGUUCUUUCAGAAACACGCAGAGUCUUCCUCCUCCUCUUCGGCAUCCUCCAUGGGUUUCAGAAGCUUGGACAGUUGCGUGUCGAGACCAACCAUGCCACGGCUCUCGGAAAACACAGACUCUUCCUUAGACGUAUACGAAGACGCCGACGACGAAGACAAUAACAGUUCAUCCAUCAACAUGAGCAUCACGGGGAUUGACCAGAAGGCUUCCUUGGAGAUUCUGAAAAAUCGCGAAAAGAUGCUGGCCAACAUCCAGAAUUCCAAACAAACCCAGUAUAGAAACCCCCUGAGAAGGUCGCCGGCUGGUUCGGAAUGCAAUAAACAAUUGAAUUGUAGCUCUUCUUCCACCGAAAGCAUCGAUAUACCAGCGAGGAAUUCUUCCACGGCCACUCCUCAAAACAGGCGGAGUCCUUUGAAUCGCUACGCACAGAGCAGGUCACCUCAGGAGGAGAUAGCGCAAAAAGUGAGACGAUCUAAGAGUUUGCAAUUGCCAGAGAGGAAACCUGGAGCUGUGAUAGACAGGGCGACCAGAAGGGUUUCACCACAACCACCGACUAGAAAUAACGAAAGGGCGAGGAACUAUCAUAAUGUAGCCCCGAUGAAACCUCACUCUUUGGAAGGGGUCAUCAGUGAGGAUGUCAGAAGGGAAGCUGAGGUAGUGACAGAGUACAUCUAUGGAAACAGAAGCAGAGCGGCUGCCCAGGCCUUGAUGAUGCAUAGGUUGAACAACGGUGGAGCUGGUGAGGAUACCGUGGAAGCUAGAAGACCGACUGCUGAAGGUAUCACGGUUUAUUACAUAGGGAAACAAAGGGCGGAUAAUCCCAGAGCUUUCCAGAGGGACAAAACGCCUCCUCCCGCACAGAACCCAACCAGGAUAAGCCCGCAAAGUCGACACGACCUCGGCUCCUACGGCGCCAACAUUUGCGACUAUUGGACACACUGUGGUAGCCGGGAUUCCUCCCUAACCAGGGAGUCCCAGUUCGUUAUGAGAUCCUCUCAAAGCUACCCGAUCCAGCAUCACGUUUCACUAGACUCAGCCAACGCGAGAAUGGAAAGGGUCGCACCGGAAGCUUUCAAAAGGAGAUCUGGCGGCGUCAUAACGGAAAGAAGGGUGUUACCGCCUCAAUUCAGCAUAAGAAACACCCUGUCCCCCUCGGAUUUCAUGAGAGACGCUCGAAACGAGCCAGCAGACAUCAUGGACAGGUUGAGCCCGAGUGGAAGAACGAUCAACGACGGCCAAGAGAGGAAGCUAUCACCAGCCAGCUCGAAGAAUCUAUCCAACAGGUCCUUGGAUAACGUCAGCAAUUCCUCCUCAAGCAGCGACAUCUGGCUGGCGUCCGACCGUACGGUCACCAAGUGUCCGAGGAACGCGAAGAGCUCCGGAGCAUCGACGCCCCUAGAGGAUCUGCCGCAGGAGGAUGAGCAUCGCGUGAGGGAGAUGAUAUUGACCCGGCCAGGAAGUGCACCGUCGCAAGACGGGAGGCAGGAGAGCUUUCUGGAGUCGCAGCAGAGGUCGAUGUCCCUGCCGAAAUCCUUCCAGUCUGCCGGUUAUCAACAGAGCGAGCAGUUUCCGAACGCGAAUCCUUGCGCGGAUGAUCUAGGAUCUUCGCCGAACUCCCGAAGGAAAUUGGUCCCUGUCGAAGCAUCGCACACAGCUCCUGUUACGCCUCUGCACGAAGGGAGCCUUCGGAGGUCUCCCCUAAGAGGAUCAGGAGAUAGAUGCGCAAAAGCAUCCUCAACACCCGAGCUACUAGAAUCGACUGAAACGAAUACCAGAAACUGGGAUAAGCAAGACUCGAAAGACAGCGAGAUACUGAGCAGCAGGUCGGGGAGUAAGGAUUUAGGAAGGAGAACUCCAGCUUCAUCGACUGAAAGCGUCUUACAGAAGUUCAAGAAGUCCAUUUCCCUCCGAUUCCAAAAGAAGAGCAGCAAAGACAGCAUCGACCAAGGAUUCUCGAUAGCUCCUUCCAUAUCAAAGGAACCAUCUGAAGACGAAACGAUUGCUCCAACGUCGUCCAUUCCGAACGAACCAAAAGAGGAAACUGAACAGAAACCAAGAUUUGGCUCCCUAAUUUGGCGCUCCAGCAAGGAGAGGAAGCGGAUGAACAAAGCUGCCAGAAAUGCCAAGUGUAACAGUGGAGACAGUGGCAUUCAAAUCGAGAUGGUGCCAGGCUGCGGGGGCAUUGGCGGAGAUAGCUCAGAGUCUCACGACACCGACGUUCCCGCAGACGACUACGACAGUCCUCCUGUUGUGAGGAGGAGGCCGCCACAGGGCAGAUUGCACAGGCCGAAUUCCGAGCUGUUCAAUCAGGUGCUGAUCGACAAAUUCAAGGCUGACCUGAAGCAGAGGGCGUACAAGCACCAGCGCGUCAGGAGAUCCAGAUCGGACCUGGGAGGGCACAGGAUAUUGCACUGGGACUCCAAAGGGUCGCACAUGCGAAACAUGUCUCCGCUGAGGAGCCGACCAAAGAGCCCGCAGCGGAAGCCCCCGGACGCACCUCCGGAGAUGAGACCGCCGGGUAACAGGAGGAGGGGACACCUUAGACGAUCCCUGAGUCAACCUCUGGACAUCAACAAGUUGUCCCCCUUGAUGAGGACGAAAACCGCAGGUCUGCGGCUCGGCGGCCAGGUCCUCAGCGAGGACGAGCACGACGGAAGACUCGGAGGGUCCGACGACGAGAUGAUGUCCGACUCCGAGUCUUCGGUGGCGUCCCUGAACGACCGCAAGAAGUCCCUGGAACUGAACAUGGACGAGGAGAUGAUCGUCCUGGCGGAGGCGGUCUUCGACCAUGUGGCCAUCGAGGCGGAAGAGCUGGCGUUUAGGGCGGGCGACGUGAUCGAGGUGCUGGAGACGACCAACAAGGACUGGUGGUGGGGCUCCACCAACGGCAAGACCGGCUGGUUCCCCGCCGAAUUCGUCCGUUUGAGGGUAAGCCAAGAGGACACGGUCGAGGACUGUCUGGCGGCCAUGGCGUCCGGACAGUCCGUGAACUCGCACCUGCGCCGUAGGACUAGCGUGUCGCUGCUGUCCAACGACCAGGUCCGGACUAGUGUGGUGCGCGAGUUGGUGCAGACCGAGAGAGACUUCGUAAAGGCGCUGCAAGACGUCGCCGAGGGUUUCAUAGCCGAGUGCCGGAAGCGCGUCGACAUGUUCACCGAAGAACAGAUCGGUACGAUCUUCAUUAACCUCGAGGACAUUCUGGAAUUUCAAUCGGCCUUCCUGAAGGACCUCGAGUCCUGCGUGAACUGGGAGGCGCCCCAUAAAAGUUGCGUCGGUGACUGCUUCCUCAAGUACAAGAGCGGAUUCGAGAUAUACUCCGACUACUGCAACAGCCAUCCGAUGGCCACGGUGCUGUUGCAGGAACUGUAUCAGUUCAAUAAUUAUUGUAAAUUUUUCGAGGCUUGUCGUUUGAUGAGAGGACUCAUUGAGAUACCGUUAGACGGUUAUCUGCUCACGCCCGUGCAGAGAAUUUGUAAAUAUCCCUUACAGUUAGCCGAGUUGUUAAAGUAUACUAGGACAGAUCACGAGGAUUACGACAAUAUCAAGGAAGCCUUGGAUGCCAUGAGGGGCGUUGCCGUGUUGAUAAACGAGAGGAAGAGGAGGAUGGAGAGUCUGGAGAAGCUGUGCACGUGGCAACAGAGGGUCGAUGAUUGGGAGGGUGAGGAUUUGAUAGAAAUGAGCUCACAGCUCAUCUAUCAAGGUGACGUAAUUAGAGUCAAAUCAGCGAUGUGGACAAGUAAUAUCACCCUCUUCCUCUUCGACCAUCAAGUUAUUUAUUGUAAAAAGGAUAUACUUAAGAGAAAUACUUAUAUCUAUAAAGGAAGGAUAGAUUUGGAUACAAGCGAAGUGAUCGAUAUUCCAGACGGCAAAGAUAUUCAUAUCGGCGUAACAGUGAGACACGCCAUAAAAUUGUACAGUGUUAUUCGAGAUAAAUGGCUGUUGUUCUGUUGCCGCUCCUCAAGUGAUAAGGAAAAAUGGCUGAAGGCUUUCUCUGACGAAAGGAAAUUGGUUGCUCAGGAUAAAAACGAAGGAUUAGAAUUCACCACGACGGCCAAACAGCUCGCCAGGCUGUCGGCCAAGUGCAAGAGGAAAAGACCGCCGCACAAACCUAGAGCAAGCAAAAACUUCAAACAUGAUUCAGCAUACAUGGGAUCAAUGUUGCAAUUGAACACUGGGACAAGUUCCCAUUCCUUAGGCAGAAAAAUGGGUACAUGGUUUACCUUCGGAGGCAAUAAAAAAAGUCGUCAUCACACAGUUGAGACUUCUUGAGAUAAAACCACUUUACUGUAAUCAAACAUGUUCAUAUCAAGUCUUAGUCAAUAAUAAAUUAUUAAUUAUUUACGAAAGGAUCUAUUAUAGAAGUGCCAAAAAGUGACUUGUGUCAAUGUGUUAGACUGCAGUAAUAUUUUGUUACGAUGAUGUUGUUGUUGAAAUAAUUUAAUAAUUAUAUUGUACAGUGAUCGAUAAGAUUGUGAAAGGACUGAGUAUAAGGUACACUAAAUCUAGUGGGUAAUGCUUCGUUGGCGAGUCAAGUUAUCUGUAAGAUAUCCUCUAGUUCUUUUGAGAACAACGCGAUGUUGUUUUUAUCGUGAUAAGAUUGACAACCUGUCGAAUGUCGCAGUUGACGUUGAUUCAAAGUGUCGCAGUUACUAACGUAGCUCUAAUCUAGUCAGUUUUGUUUUUAUAAGAUUUUUAUUUUGUAUAUUGUGAAACCAAUAAUGUUAUGUUUUCUCAGACGAAUUCCUGUUUUUCUCUUCAAGUAGAAGUACAUUAACUACUAGCCUUAGUGACUGUACUAUAUAGUAUGAGAGAAUGGCUAUUGCCAAAUAGACCCUGCUAUUGUUGAUGAUAAGGCCUACUGUACAUAUCGUUGGCCCCUAUAAAUAAAAUUGUUGCUCUUCCCUAGGUUGUAUCUCAUCUAUCAACGACUGAAACUUUCUUAAAUAAUUUACUCCAUGUCUAUGCACAAAUAUUCUGCAUUUAAACUGUGAAAUGCACAGGGUAAAAAAAAUCUCCUUGUUAAACGGUUCCGACCGUCAAUCGUUUAAAUUUAUCUGUUAAGGACCAAAAAAUGUGAAAUCAUUUUUAGAAAUGUAACAUAUACACCUGCUGUUCUUUUCAUUUUAUAAUAAAAGGAAUUCUGAGUUUUC